AUGUCAGCCUCUGUGUCACGAAAUCUUUGGCGCAUUGCGCGACCAGCCAUCAAGACCGCGGGAAGCCUUCGCCGGGCACCGAUAACCUCAAGAUAUGGCUUGGCAGCAUUCUCAACCUCCUCAUCAAGGAGGAUCAUGGAAACCACGGGGUUUACCGAGAAUCAAUUGACUGUUCGAGAGGCAGUCAGUCAAGUCUGCUCAGAGUUUCCCAAUACCUAUUGGCAAGAACACGAUCAGAACGAGCAAGACCCCAAAGAGUUUCACGCUGCUCUCGCAAAGGACGGCUGGCUUGGCAUUGCCUUGCCUGAGUCCCUCGGCGGCUCUGGCCUAGGCAUCUCUGAAGCGACAAUGAUGAUGCAGACCAUCACCGAGUCCGGUGCCGGCAUGGCUGGUGCACAGUCCAUUCAUGCCAACGUCUAUGCUACACAACCGCUGGCAAAAUUCGGAACUCAGGAGCAGCUCGAGAGUACGAUCCCCAAGAUCAUUUCCGGGCAGUGGCGUACGUGUUUCGGGGUCACAGAGCCCAACUCUGGCCUCGAUACUUUGCGCCUGGCCACAACAGCAAAGAAGCAGACCGAUGGAUCGUACCUCGUCACUGGCCAGAAAAUCUGGAUUACAUGCGCUCAGGUAGCAUCCAAGAUGAUUCUGCUUGCGCGCACGAAAGCCUACGAGGACUGCAAGAAGCCGAGCGAGGGUCUAUCGCUCUUCUGCAUCGAUAUUGACAAAUCACAAUCUGGCCUAGACAUGCGAAAGAUCAAGAAGAUGGGGGGCCGCGCCGUCGAUGCCAACGAAGUAUUCUUCGACAACUACCAUAUCCCCGCGAGCUCACUCAUUGGCCAAGAAGGCCAGGGUUUCAAAAUCAUACUCCACGGAAUGAACGCUGAAAGGUGUCUUCUCGCCGGCGAGGCUCUCGGCCUAGGCUACGCAGCGCUCACAAAGGCCUCAGAGUACGCGCGUGAUCGCGUUGUAUUCAAGAGGCCAAUUGGGCAGAAUCAGGCCAUCGCGCAUCCCCUGGCGGAUGCAUACAUGAAGUUAGAGGCGGCGAAGCUUGCGACAUAUCACGCCGCUCGGCUAUACGAUGCCAGCAAGGAGGACUCUUCUAUUCGUCAAGACCAGGUUGGAGUUGCGGCUAAUAGCGCAAAGUACAUGGCUGCUGAAGCGGCUUUCACGGCAUGCGAAAGGGCGGUGCUUACACACGGAGGUAUGGGCUAUGCCGCAGAGUAUGAUGUCGAGAGGUAUCUACGUGAGAUCUUUGUCCCAAGGAUCGCGCCUGUAUCUCGCGAGAUGAUCUUAUCGUACAUUAGUGAGAAGGUCUUGCAACUUCCUCGCAGCUAUUAG